GCGGAAGUGCAGUGCAGGUGCCACCAUGGCGGCCCCGGGGGCGGCGGACGGGGGCGGCUCCGGAGACUCCGCGGGGCCCGCAACGGUGUCCCGCAAGGUGAAGUACGCCAGCCUGGGCGUGCUGGUGCUGCAGAACGCGUCGCUGGUGCUCAGCAUCCGCUACGUGCGCACCCUGCCCGGGGAGCGCUUCCUGCCCACCACGGCCGUGGUGAUGGCCGAGGCCAUGAAGGGCAGCGCCUGCCUGCUGCUGCUGCUCAUCCAGCACCGGGGCAGUGUCCGGCAGACGGCGGUGACGCUGCACGAGGCCGUGGUGGGACAGUUUGGGGACACGCUGCGCCUGGCUGUCCCCUCGCUCAUCUACACCCUGCAGAACAACCUGCAGUACGUGGCCAUCUCCAACCUGCCCGCCGCCACCUUCCAGGUGACGUACCAGCUGAAGAUCCUGACCACGGCGCUGUUCUCGGUGCUGCUGCUGGGCACGGCGCUGUCGCGGCUGCAGUGGCUCUCGCUGGCGCUGCUCUUCGCGGGGGUGGCGCUGGUGCAGGCGGAGCAGGCUCGGGCCGUGCCGGCGCCGGGGGCGCUGCCGCCGUCCGCGGGCCCCGAGGGGCCGCCCCAGAGCUACGCCGUGGGGCUGGCGGCCGUGGCCGCCUCCUGCCUGUCCUCGGGCUUCGCCGGCGUCUACUUCGAGCGGCUGCUGAAGCGCUCGGGCGGCUCCAUCUGGCUGCGCAACGUGCAGCUGGGCGCCGUGGGCACGGCCGUGGGGCUGGGCGCCAUGCUGGCCGCCGAGGGCCCCGCCGUGGCCGCGCUCGGCUUCUUCUACGGCUACAACGGCGCCGUGUGGGCCGUGGUGGUGAACCAGGCGGCCGGGGGGCUGCUGGUGGCCGUGGUGGUGCGCUACGCCGACAACAUCCUCAAGGGCUUCGCCACGGCGCUCUCCAUCCUGGCCUCCACGGCCGCCUCCGCGCACCUGUUCGGCUUCCGGCCGCGCGCGCCCUUCCUGGCCGGCACCGCCAUGGUGCUCGCCGCCGUCGUGCUCUACGGGCGGCCCCGGGCGCAGCCCGCCGCCCGCGGGCAGGACCCCGGCAAGUCAGUGGGGCCCUAGGGAGGGACACGGGGACCGAGGGACAGA